UUUUCUAUUGGUCCUUCGUCUGGUAACGUGUCGUUUUGGGUGUAAAUAGUGGAAUAGCGGAUUAACUUGAAGAAYUCGCAGAAAUAUAACUGCAAUGUGCCAAGAAUAAUAAAAAUCCAACAAUUCCAUGAACAGUUGAAGAGGCGAUGGAGAAUCUUCAAAAUCUUCCUAUUGACAUACAGACUAGUAAGCUUUUAGACUGGCUGGUGGACCGACGACACUGCAGUCUGAAAUGGCAGAGUGCUGUAAUGAGCAUCCGGGAGAAGAUCAACGCUGCGAUGCAGGACAUGCCAGAGAACGAGGAGAUCAAGGAGCUUCUCUCAGGGUCCUACAUCCACUACUUCCACUGCUUGAGGAUAGUGGACAUCCUGAGGGGGACUGAGGCCUCUUCCAAAAACAUCUUUGGCAGAUACUCCUCUCAGAGGAUGAAGGACUGGCAAGAAAUAGUGUCCCUCUAUGAGGCAGACAAUGUUUACUUGGCGGAGGUGGCCAGCUUGUUGAGCCGCACUGUGAGCUAUGAGGGUCCGGCCCUGAGGAAGCAGGUAGCCAAGGCCCAGCAGCUUCAGCAGGAYUUGAGCCGGAGAGAGACUGAGUGCCAGAGCUCUGCUGCGGACCUGAGGGAGCGCUUCUACGCAGGCUGCAAGCAGUACGGCAUCAUGGGGGAAAAUGUGGCUCGGGAGCUGCAGGCUCUGGUGAAGGAUCUACCAACGACUCUUGGGGAAGUGGGGAGGGACGCCAAGCUAGAGGAGCAAAUCCAACUUUACACAGCCUUCACAAACUUUCUCUGUGACUGGGAUGAGCCAGUGCUGCCCAUGCUGACUUUUGCCCAAAAGAGAGGUAACCCCACGUUCUAUGAGUGGCGAACUGGAAAAGCACCAGCGGUCAUCGAGAGGCCUGUAAUGGAGGAGGCGCCCCCUGAUACGGUCACAGAGGAAACGAUUGACUGGGGUGACCUGGGGUGUGGGACAGGGGCAGAAGGGACACAGGAUGUGAUCACGGUGGAGGAUGGAGGAGUGGACUGGGGCAUCAGCCUGGAGCCUGYCUCUGAGGGCACAGAUGCAGGUGUCAUUGAUUGGGGAGAGAGUGAAACCCCUAUAGAAAUUGAGAUCUUAGAWAUGGGCACGGACUGUCCUGAUGGUGUGGCCAGGGGGGAGGAUGCUCUGUCUAUAUUGGAGACCCCACAGACCCGCAGCCAGUACAUCGACGAGCUGAUGGAGUUGGAGGUAUUCCUGYCCCAGCGGCUGAGUGAGAUGGGAGAGGAGGGCAAUGUGGUGGCCAUGUGUCAGUUCCAGCUGGCCCCCUCCAUCAUCCAGGGGCAGACCUGCCAGCGCAUCCAGGAGAUGCUGGCUGAGGUGCGCCACCUGCUGCAACGGCUGACCAACCUACGGAUGCAGCACCUCUUCAUGAUCCAGGCCUCGCCACGGUACGUGGAGCGUGUCUCGGAGGUCCUGAGGCAGAAGCUGAAGCAGGCAGACAUCCUCGUGCUGAAGCGGGCCACACUGGCCGAGAAGAGACAGGAAGCUCUGGAAGAGCAGGCCACCCUGGAGCCCCGCAUCGACCUCCUGGCUCAGCGCACCCACCAACUCCACAAACUGAUCGAAGCGGACAUUUCAAAACGCUACAACAACCGGCCUGUCAACCUAAUGGGAGUCAAUGUGUAGCUGUUGUAGUUCACCCAGAUUUGUAUCAUCGUCGUAGCUCCCUAGAAAAAAUAAAUGUUUGAUUUGAUGUAAA